UCGUGGCGGACAAUAACUCCCCUCGGAGCGCCGAAGCUGCUAUCGUCUUGCCUAAUCCAACGUUACUGAAUCAAACUGCGCAUGACACUCUGGAAUCCAACCCGCCAAAUGGCUGGGUUGAAAAUGAUGACAGUGGAAAUGUGAGCGAUGAAGCUAAAGACGAAAGAGAUCAGGGAGAUUCCGGAUCGACUACUCAUCCAGGAUAUUUCGGGGAAUCGUCAAUGGUGGCAUUCAUGUCCACUGUCCGAUCAAACGAGUCCGGAAACCGUCCCUCGCCUUCCGUGCGGUCCUUUAGACCGUCAGACAGUAGCCCACCAGUCUCAUCGGUGCAACGUCUAGAGAGGUAUACCCAUGGAACAGAUCUGGACGACUGUCUCGCGCUUCCUCAACGACACGUUGCCGAUCGUCUGGUCAACGCAUAUUUUACAUAUAUCGACAGCAUCUUACCCUUUAUUCACGAGCCCAGCUUCAGGGUCAAAUAUGAGCGCACUUGGCAACCUUUAGGAGAUAACGGGGGACCAGAGGAGGCGCAAGAUCUAUCAUGGCUGGCCUUGCUCAAUUUGGUAUUUGCGUUCGGCUGUGAAUAUGCUGACAGCAACCCCCGCGGCCAUGGCUGCCUAUCCAGCUCGCGAUUCUUCAGACGAUCAACGACGAUUCUGUUCUCCCAAGUCUUCCAUUCUGCGAACCUCGAAACCAUCCAGACCCUCCUUCUUACAAGCCACUACCUACAGGGUACAAACAACCUCAACAAAUGCUGGAGUGUGGUGGGCCUUUGUAUCCGCUUGGCACAUGGGAUGGGUCUACAUCUAGAUCCAUCACGGUGGCAUAUUAGUCAUGUCGAGCAAGAGUUCCGCCGACGAAUCUGGUGGGGUUGCUACGUGGUUGACUGCAUGUUGAGUCUCCGGUAUGGUCGACCUCCAUCGGAUUUAGACAAAACAUCGGAUGUGCGGCUACCACAGUUAAUUGACGGAGAGUACCUGCGAGACAAUGCUGCGGAUUCUCGUCAGCCUAAUGGACAGCCCGCCCGCUGUCACAGUUUGCUGGCCGAUAUUAGCCUUUCACGCAACAUAGCAGCCAUCGUGCGAGAACUCUACCUCGAUCCCUAUCCAAGCAACGGCACUCACAUUGUGGAUAAUGGCGGUGAUAAUUCGAACAAACUCCGCUCUGAUGGAAGAUUCCUAUCAACAGUAGUCCGCUUGGAUUGCGGCCUGGUUGACUGGCAUCAAACAUUACCCACUCAUUUACGACCCGAUGCAAAUAACUCUGACUGGAAGCUCCAGAGACAAGCCAACGUUCUUUACACCAAGUACGUCACCAUCCGAGUAAUGUUACAUCGCAAAUCCUUUGUGGCUUUCCGACGCAAUCGGCCCGAGGAGAACUUCCAAAAAGCCCUGAUUAUCUCUAGUGUCCGGCAAUGUAUGGACAACGCCCGAGAGCUGAUUAAUUUCCUCGACGGUCUGCACAAAAAGAAGACGGUUAAUAUGUGGUGGACUGAUGCACAAUAUCUUUAUAUGUCGGUCGCCGCCCUUGUCGGUUACAGAGCGAUGGAGAAGGAUAGACAGAUUGCUAUCUCUGGCUCCGAUACUCCAGACUCCGAGGAUAAAAGUAUUAGCCUAGGCAUUAGUCUCCUCCGAGAGAUUGGGAAGAGAAGCUCAAUGAUCCACCGGUACGCCGAGAAUCUACAACAACUUUUCCAAGACACCAUUGCCCAAGAAAGAUAUGGAACAGUCAUGUCGCGGCGCUCUCAAGACGGAGGCGGUAUCCUCACGGCUGAAGCCCCUGCAGCCAGCACUGCUUCUUCUCGUAGCCAAAAGUCGUCACGUUCGAGCAGAAAUCAAGGAGGCCAAGGCGCACUCAACGGCCUCCGAUCGUUCUACAUGGGACUUUCCGGCAACGGAGUAGAAGGAGGCGCUCGCAGUACGCCGAACGCCGGAGCCCCCACUUCCAUGUUUGAAAUGCCACUCCAGGGAGAUCUGUUCUUUAUGGAAGGACUCGACGGGUUUGGCGAUCAACCACUGGGUUCCUUUGGUGUCGAAUAUUCUGUCAUGGGACAGUCGUAUCUAACAUCAGACGCUUUCAAUGAUGGGGGCUUAGGCUCAUUGGACAUGGGUUAUGACACCUUUCGCAAGGGCUGA